GUGAUGCUGGAAUCAGGGGUCAACCGGAAGUUUCUCCUGGGUCCACCGAGCGGUCCGUCAUGGGAAGGGUUUUGUUUGGUCAAAGUAGUUGGCCAGCAGGGUGGCGGAUUUCAGACAUUUUGGGAAGAUGGGAAUCAAUCAACAUCACUUAAACGCUCCAUUCCAAAAGUCGCCCAGGUUUAACAUGGAAGACCCGACAGUCGGAUUGGCCAGUGGCGAGGUUUGCCAUGUACAUGUGUAUACAUGUGUUAGCACAUAUAUGGCACCAGGGUUGCACAUCGGUCUACUGCCAUGACCCACAAGACCCACAAUCACCUCGGCCUGUUGGGCUGUUGGCAGCGAAAAGCUGUGCCGUCCUUCCCCCUUUGACCACCUGACCCUAGCAGCUAAAUCUUCAUAAUUCAUUCCCCCGACCCGGAACGGCACCACGAUUGGUUUGUGUGUUGAUGUCGGUGCUUGAAGCAGUGAAGCAUUUCAUGUCAUUGAGCAUGCAUGAUUGACCAACUAAAGGUGUUAUUGUUUCACUCCCGCAGCCAUCACAUUUAGAUUUAGGUAUAUAGUGUUGUGCCUUGCAGCUUCCUGUAUUGGAUGCGUUUUGCAGAUGCAGGAAGCCACGCAAAGUUUGUUUUGGCCUUCUACAGUUAAUGGUGUCAAUUGCUCAAUUGAAGCUGGGGAUCGAGGCUGGCGUGGUGAUCAUAUUUGGCUUGCACCUACCAUCAUCACAGCAUCCUACUAUGCUCUUCAUACACUCCUGCGGAUGUGCUUGGCAGCAAAACUCGGUCAAGACCUGCUGAAGCAUUGCCCACAGGCAAAUCUCAAAGAAACGGUGUGCAAAUCCUUCGAGACGAUAUCUGUGACAACUGCAUUAGUGAUGACCACCGUUGCAGGAUUGCUCAUAAGUGUCCAAGAAAUAGCACCAAAUGGCUUCUGCCUGGACCCACUGUCCCUGAUGCACGCAAAGCGAGCUUAUGUAACCUUGUGUCUCAUUUGCAUCCGUGCUUGCGUCCAGACUGUGCUUUAUUGUGUGAUCAACCUUUUUUACGUGAACUCCUUCACUGAUGAGGACACCGUUCAGUUUAUGAAAGGCCAAGCUGCUGCAAUGGGUGCCACAGCCAUCACCUUAGCAGAAUCUUACACGCUCUUUGGCUUGGUCAUCAUGGUGUGGGUAGGCCCUUCCUACGGUUUGGAACUCUUCUUGAUUGCAUUGGUCGGAGUGGUACACCUUCUUUUCUCUGUGCUUCGACACUGGCGAAGACUCAGCCAGUUCAGUCCCUCAUAUGAGAGCCUUGGGAAAAGCCCCAGGUUUGCAGAAGUCCGCACAUCUGACUGUUCUGAAGAGUCAGAGGGAAUCUAAUCAACGCAGGAAGCAAGAAAACGAGAAAGCAAAGCACAUUGAUCGGUGCAGUCCCGGUCCUUUCUGUU